UUCCCCUCCUCUGCUAACAUCCAUGGCUUCUCGUCUACUUCUUUCUUCCCUCCUCUUCCUGCUCAUCUCCCACACCACCGCUUCUCCUCCUCUCCAUUCCAAGCUCAAGGAAAAACAAAGCCACCUCCACUUCUUCUUCCACGACAUCCUCAGCGGCCGCAACGCCACCGCCGUUCCAGUUACCAAACCCGCCGCCGGAGCUCACCCCAACUCGGGCUUCGGCAUGAUAGCCAUUAUUGACGACCUGCUCACCGAGGGGCCCGACCGGAACUCCACGCUCCUGGGCCGGGCCCAAGGCCUGUACGCCGCGACGGGCCAGGAGGAGGUGAGCCUGCUCAUGACCAUGAACCUGGCCUUCACGUCCGGGAAGUACAACGGCAGCGUUCUCUCCUUACUGGGUCGCAACCAACCACUCCACCCGGUGAGGGAAAUGCCGAUCGUCGGCGGCACCGGGCUGUUUCGCUUCGCGAGGGGGUAUGCACUGGCGCGGACUCAUUGGCUUGAUCUCACCACCGGUGACGCCACCGUGGAGUAUGAUGUCCACGUCAUUCAUUACUGAAGUGGGGAGUUGGCUCAUUGAUUUGACCGAGCUUUUUUAUCAGAUGUUGAUUUGCGGUUAUGUAUUCAUUAGUGCGUUUGGAGGUGUACUAUGCUUUUUGACUUGGGAGUUCGACGUUCAUGUG